AUGCCCGGGAGCAAAAAAAACAGCUCUAGGAUGAAGUCGUAUUUAGAUCAACAAAGCAAGUUGGCAAUUCAUCAUAAUUUGUUUAUUACACUGGAUCUUGCGCCAGCUGGUACGGUUUUAUUGACACAAGCACCACUGGCAUCGGUGCCGUUACCUUCGGAACAGCUCCACCGAUGUAAUUACUGUUUACGAAAAGGGAAUCUUCAAUGUUGCUCAAGGUGUCAUUCCGCUUAUUUCUGCAGUAACGAUUGCUUUUUAAAUGCAUGGAUCAGUUUUCAUAGAGCCUCUUGCCAACCUUCUUCUUCUUCCUCCUCCUCCUCCUCAAAUAACUCCCUUUCAGUAGAGAAUGACGUGCAUCUUCAAUUAUUACAACGCGCUGCCCUGACACUCGACAGUCACACUACCACCACCACCGCCAAAAAAAGUACUCCGAUCUUACAACAACAUGGUGUCGCCAUCCAUGCAUUCAAUACUCUGGAAUUACAACCCACUACAAUGACACAGGAAACUAGACUCUUUCUAGAAAAAUCCGUAAAUAUCACCAAUCGGAGUCUAGAUGAAUUAUAUCAACUUUGGAAACGGGUCCAAAUCUCCUCUUUCCCCAUCACGGACCCGGAUACCCAUCUGGACACCGUGGCCAUGGGCAUUUACCCCAUUACCAGUCAAUACGUGCGUCAUUCAUGUAGACCCAACACGGGUCUCAUCUAUAAACAGGGACAUCAACUCCUGGUGGCAUUAGAGGAUAUUCCGCAAGGCACACCCAUCACUAUCAGUUAUGUCGAUCUCAUGGCAACCAAAAAGCAACGCCAACACGCACUGGCGGAAAGAUUUGGAUUUCAAUUCGAAUGUGACUGUGAGCGUUGCCAAGGAGAUUUUCAAGGUCUAGAUGUCUUAUUUGAACGAGGGGAAGCCUUAAAUAUCUCAUCGGAAGAGAUUACAGAGACAUUGGAGGAACAAUUAAAAUCAUGGAGUAUCUUGGGCAUGAUUCAUGAAUAUGCUUCCAAAGGAUUUGAUGCAUCCGCUAUGGGUGAUGAACCAUUGGACGCACCUCAUCUAACCCACUUUAUCUGUCGAAUGAUUGUGCCCGAUGUCUAUAUACCUGCAUUCACAUUAGCGAAAAGGAAACUAUCGGCCGCUUUAAAUCAUGUAAAAUUACCUCCGUUACGUCAAAAGCGAUAUAACCGACAAGAUGAUUCACAACGUAUUUUACCGGCUAUUGACGCAUUAUUAGCACACCAAUCACAUCAAUCUCCCUUCUUCACCAUUGUUGGUAUCAAGGCAGCUGAUAAACUUCUUUCGAGGUUAAUCACACAAGGGAAAUGGGUAGAGGCAUCACGUUGUGCCAUCUAUAUGUUUAUGGUCUACCGUAUGGUCUACCCUGCAUUGUACCCAGAGAUGGCCUAUCAUACUUUAAUCAUGGCAAGAACCUCCUGGAAUAGUCUGGUGCAACUGGAAUUAGCCGGUAUCGGAAAGAAGUUAGAAGCCGUCUAUCAAAACUCGGUUCAGCUAUGGAUUUCCGUCGCAAGUGAUUCGAUUCUCAAAAUAUUCGGUCAGGAAACUUUUCUUUGGCGAGAAGCUGUCGAGAUCAAAUGGCUCUUUGAGCGGGAUCAGAAACUGAAAUUGACUGAGUAGGUUUUACAUGACUAAUAAUAUUUUAUAAUUACUUUUUUUAAUAAAAAAAAAAAACUAAGAGCCCCCGCGCGUACGCGGGAGCUAUGUAUGUAUAAUAGAC